CGAUUAAUAUCGUUCUAUAAUUAUUCUCAAUUUGCCCAGAUGCCUUCCGUGACGCUUAAAGACGUUGAUCAGCACAAGUUCGUGAAAGCUUUUGCCGCGUUCCUGAAGAAGACCGGCAAAAUGCGAGUUCCUGAAUGGGUUGACAUUGUAAAAUCUGCACGUUUCAAGGAACUUGCACCCUACGAUCCUGACUGGUAUUACAUCAGGUGUGCUGCCUUGGUUCGUCACAUUUACAUCCGUAGCCCAAUCGGCGUUGGUGCAGUAACAAAAAUCUUUGGCGGACGUAAAAGGAAUGGCACCCAUCCCAGCCAUUUCUGCAGAUCAGCCGGUGGUGUUGCUAGGAAAGCUCUCCAGAGUUUGGAGCAACUUAAACUGAUUGAGAAAGCACCACUUGGUGGGCGCAAGCUUACCAGCCAAGGGCGCAGAGACUUGGAUCGCAUUGCUGCCCAAGUCAAGGCAAAAAGCAAAAAACAAAUGAAAUUGCAGGAAACACUUGUUCUUUAAUCUACCCAUUUAUAAAAUAAAAAUGAAAAAUCCAUA